UGACGUCAGGUCAUUAGUCGCCUACUUCAUUUUACCGCGUCUGGUGCUGCUGCCUUUGUCCGUCUCUGUGCCACUUUCUCCCAAAUUUCACCCAAAUUUUCACCGAAUCCCACCGUUUUCUAUCACAAUGGCCGUAAGAAGCACCAGCAAUGAAGAGGGACAACACCAUGGUGGCCACAGCUAAGGAGGGCAUCGAGUACCUCCGGUCGCAGGGUCCGGACGUUCUGAAGGCGCAUGGCCUGGACCAGCCAGCAGAGGGCGCCUCUAAAAGUUCGGACAAACCCAAAAUGCAGCGUGAUUCUACCAUGGUGGCCACUGCCAAGGAGGGUAUUGAGUACCUAAGGUCCCAAGGAGCUCACAGUGUGCUCAAGCUGCAUGGCCUGGAUCCGCCACAAGGGGGCGCUUCAAGCAGCGCCAUACCCCGAGUCAAGCGAGACUCGACCAUGGUGGUCACAGCCAAGGAGGGAGAAGCUUUCCUGGAGGCUACUGGAGGUGUAGCAGAAGAUGCCAAGACUCGCGGUCAGCAGAAGGAACUGGAGUCCACGGAGGAGGCACCCAAACUGACGAAGGACAACACCAUGGUCGCCACAGCAAAGGAGGGUGCUGAGAUUCUGGGUGAUAAGGAGAUGGGCGGGACCCGGGCUGAGACAAAGGCCAUUGAGGAUGCAGAGGCAGCAGAGGACGAUGAGGAGGAUGAGGAGGAGGAGGAGGGAGAUGAGGAGGAUGAGGAUGAUGAGGAUGAGAAUGGAGAGGAGGAGGCAGGAGACACACCGGACGCACCUGUUCCCGCUGUCAAGCGCACACACACCAUGGCAGACACACUACAGGAAGGAGAGGAGUUCCUGAAGCGCCAGAAGACGGACGAGAACGGCGAGAAGGCAACAGAAAACGGGGAGAACGGGGAAAGCGCGGAGGCCGUGGCGUCCUAAGACACCUUCCCUGCCUGCUCUGUGAUUCGCUGCGCGCGAGUGUACUUAUAUUACACCCCUCCCCUCGCAAUAGGUAGUGAAGUCCUAGCUCCCGUAGUCGGUAAGGUCCUUAGGGGGGUGCCACGGCUGUACCAGAAACUACUGAGUCAAGUUAUAGGAACAACAAGGAGGCAGUCCCUAUAAAAGGGGUGAUUCUUUUGGCCUGGAAUGUUGGAUAAGGAUUUAACAAUAUUUUGAUAUACAGUACUCCAUGUAUUUGCCAGUUUGAUAGGGGUCAAGAAUAAGUGACUGCGUCAUAGUAUCAAUGCCUUACAAAUAGAUCUACUGGUCUGGCUGUUGCUAGUUCUAAAGACCAAAUGUUACGUUACACUUUACAUGGACUUGAUCUGCAGUUUUCUGCUGCUGCCUUGCUAUUGCAGUGGUGAGUCUGAUGGCCUUGAAUUUGUUGCAUUUGAUGUUGAGAGCUUUGAGCAAUGCAGUAUCUUAUGAGGCUGCAGUAGUUUCUGGAACAGCCAGGGGGCACCCGUAGUGGUUUGGCAGGCCAGCCAGAAACCAUGCCGUCUUCUCUCUCUUCUUGUGUUGUACUUAGUGGUGGUGGUGGGUGUGCAAGAGCUCAAUUUGGGGGCAACAGUGAUGCAAGCAAACUUUGGGUGCGAGUCUAGGUUGAAGACCAAAGUUGACUGGCAAAUAUCAUACUAAGCAGCCAGGGAAGAAGUCGAUAUUUCUGUAAAAAAAAUUACAAACUCAGCUUGAAAAAAGUUUGUCCUAAUGAGGACCAAAAUUUGAACAGGUGCUCAAGAAGAUGUCUUGUUUGGUUACCGAAACAAUUUUUUGUUCAGGAAAGGCCCACUUCAGCCAAAAACACACAGAGCUUCUUGCAACCUCCACCACGUGUAUAUGUUGGUGUUACAUUGUAUUUUGUGUUCUCUAGCACCUUCUGACUUAUGCCCUGCACCCAGACACAUGGUACCAAAACGCAUGUAUCUCAAGCUCUUAUCCGGUCUUUAUACAUCCUCAACUGCCCUUCUGUACAGAAGUAAGACCCAUGGCUAUGUGUGAAGUAUGGACUAUCUUCUUUUGUUAUGGAAAAAAGAAGUAAAUUUGGAAAUGAAUCUCUAGCUCUGCCUUCUGUCACACUGCUAGGAACAGGUAGUAUAUAUGUAUACAGUGAAAUUCUCCAAAUGUUCAAACAUGUUUUCUGGUGACAGAACAAAGUUUCAUCACAAACAUCACUGGCACUCUCUCUUAACCUCUGUUACUCUAAGGGUGCCUCGGUGUGCAGUACUGGAGCACACCAAGGAAAAGGUUAACCUUCUCCCUGCUGAAGUAACCUUUUUGGCCCCAAAUUUGUAUUGGUGACAGGGUUAGGCAGCAGGGAGAAGGUUAAGUGAGAGAGCCUGGGUCUUGCUUCCUGAGGGCAGUCACCUGUACAGUUUGUAGCCAGUCACUCAUAUACCUGCUGUAGAAAGCUGUCGUGCAGUCACGUUACCUGAGAGAAACACCUAAAAAAAGGGAACAUCAGUAUGGCCUGAAGCUGGGACAAACCUUGCAAACGUACAUCAACAAAAAUGUUAUUGCCUUCCAGAUGCCAUUGAUUAUGCAUACAAAUUGUUCAAUUUUGUUUCCAAAUUCUGAUGAUGUUGAAAAGACACAAGCAAAAAGCCAUACUGGUGCCCUGAAGUCAAGGGCAGUUUCUCGUCAUUCCACAACCUGUUACCAUGGAUACCAUGAUGUCGUUACUUGUGUUCCAAAGAGCUGUAAAUCCUGCUGCGUGGGGCGGCCCUGAGCACGUUGCCAUGACUACCGUUGCCAUGACUAUCAGACAAAUUAGCUUUCUUGGAAGCAACAAAAGGGGUCAAACAAGUGACCUACAUUUUAUUUUGAUGUUUGAAUGCAGCUUUUUUCAGCAGACGACUGUAUUUUUUGAUCAUCGUUUCUACAUUCAAUGGAGCUUUUUCAACUGAUGACUGCAUUUUUUAUUGCUAUUUUACCUUUUUGUGGAGUUUUUCCAGCUGAGGAAGGGCAGAAAAGUGCAUGAAUCAAGGUUUUACUCUGAAUUUGGAUCCUAAAGAUGACAGAUUGUUUUGGGUGGGAUGGUUUUUGGACAUUCCAGUUGUAGUCUUUAGAAGGUGAUAGUAGAAUAGGAUUGACUCCGCUAGUAGUUUGUUGAAAGAGGCAGGAAUGUAGGGUUACUCUCGCAGGGUAGCCAGUAUAGUAGAAUGAUUGCGUCGACAAUGGUGAACAGGAAUUGCGUGAAGUCGACAAUUAACGGUUCUUAGUGAGCGCGUCAUUUGUAGAGUGGUAGGAUAGAGGGUAAGCGGCUAGGCGGACUGGCCGCUUAUUUUUUCCAAAGAAAUUUUUGAGCCAAAGGAUGUAAAUUUUUGAGAAGGAAGAAGAUGAAAAGUAUAUUUUGAAAAAAGCUUUUUUAGGUGUGAACUUUGAUCAGUGAUCAAGAAAGUCUGAAAGACAUGAUUUUGUGUUCCUUAGAAGAGGAGUUGAUGCAUUUUGAUCUUAUAAUAAGGAAAUGCAUCACAAAUUCAGCUAUAACAUAGCUGAUGAGAUGACUUUUGAUUGGCUGUCAGUUGAAGAAGCUCCAUGGAAACCAUGCUACUCGUUUUAUGCCAUUUUUUGCCAAAAAAAGACAGGCCAGUUUUGAGAUGUUUUUACUAAGUGUUGCCAAUCUGCCAAGUGGUGUUGACGUGCCAACAUAUCCUUUUUUUAUGUUGUGAGUCAGCUGGGCAAAGAACUUCGUUGAGGCAGCUUGUUCAAAAACUCAUGUUUUUAUCACUUUUACUUUGUGCGAUUCAUUGCAGAUGGCAGCUUGUGGGAGGGGGGUGCUGGCAGGUGCUAACUAACGCAGGGGGUUAGUCCAUUUUCCCAGGGGGGGAAAGGUCUCCUCUGUGAGGAGAUUACAGUGGGUUUGUAUCGGGAAAGAUGCAGUAUAGAUGGGCAAGAUUGCAAUGUGGCAGGGCGGCUUCAGGGGCGGUAGUCAUGGCAACGUGUCAGCGAUCAGGGCAGGAGGGAUACCUGGGUCAUACUGGUGAUUAUUGUCAUAAAGAGCCAGUUGUGGUUUUGAGAGGAAAGAGCAUGGUUUUCCAAUGAACAGUGUUUGUCUAUGAUUUCAUAACAAUGGUUGUAACUAGCAGUUUUCGGAACAUGUAACAAUACGUGUAUGUGUGCAUGAUUUUCUACUGGUGCUAACACCAAUCAGCGUACUGUACUUUAUGCAACAACAACAUGAAAGCAUUGAUACUAAAGAGUGUUUUCCUGGACCAUUGUUACAAAAAACAUAUUCACGAGGCCAACCAUGUGUGAUUAGGUUUAGAAUGAACUGUGGAUGAAGUUGGCAGUUGACAGAACCAUCGAGUAUGACCCAGUAUCUCUUUUGAAGCAUAGCACGUCGGCAGAACUUACUGUACCUGCGCAAAUCUAUUGUGCAAUUUAGCACUUCCAUUGAAGGAUGACAUCCCUGAUAUAGUUUUCAAAUGUUGUGUUGGAAAGUGUCUUCAAUAGCCAAUUUCUGAUGCAAUGUUGACCAAAAGUCCAAACAGUGAAAAAUCCAUGUUUUGCUCAGGCGCAGUACGUUCUGCUGAUGUGUUUCUAAGGGUGUAGUUGGAAGUGAUGUAGUGUCUGGGAGAACCCACCGUCUCCAGCUUAUACCAUUGAACAUUCCAGGUUCCGAAUGGACGAUUUAUUCCUUUACUAUAUAUUGAAGCAGAUUUUAGUUGUUCUUGUACCUUUAUCUUCAUUAAAAACCCUUUUACAAAAUAAA